UCCUCACUGGCUGCAUAUCAAACGCCGUGCUGUGUGUUUAGUAUAGUUCGUAUCUUUAAAGGGAUUACGAUGACAGACGAGAAAGACGGAACGUGUCAGUUUUAUGUGUGUGACUGUUUUACCACAGAUAAUAUUUUUGUGAAGGACUACAAGCUCCAUGUCAGCUUUGUAUCCGAGAAGCAGUUCAGAUCGGACUAUGAAGCAACACUGAGGAGGCUGGGUUGUGUUACAGAACAACAGUAUGAGGACGUGCUUACCAAGAUUCUGCAGGAAGUGGACAGGAGACGGCAUCUAAGAGAGACAUCUGCUAAAAGAGCUGCUGCUAUAAAAUAUGAGUACCAGCCUCUCCAUCCUCAUGUCUACCAUCUUCAGGAGUCCUACCUCACACCAAAGUUCAAACAAAUUGUUGAGUACUGUCGAAGCAGAAACCCAAGUGAAGAAGGUCUCCGAGGUCUGGUAGAGGAAGAGGCAGCGAGGGUGUAUCGCUUCCCUGUGUUUGAAAAAAGCCUCUGUGAGAAGCUGUUGGAGGAGCUGGAGAACUUUGAGAAGUCCUCUGCCCCCAAAGGAAGACCCAACACCAUGAACCAGUACGGGAUUCUCCUGGAUGAAAUGGGCUUCGAUAAGGACUUCAUAACCCCCCUUCGUGAGCACUACCUACGUCCACUGACCUCCCUGUUAUACCCAGACUGUGGGGGGAACUGUCUGGACAGCCACAAGGCCUUCAUUGUUAAAUACGACCUGAAUGAAGACCUGGACCUGAGCUACCACUACGACAACGCAGAGGUCACCCUGAAUGUUUCCCUGGGGAAGGAUUUCAGCGAGGGGAACCUUUAUUUUGGUGACAUGAGACAGGUGCCUUUAGGUAUGACAGAGUGUUCAGAGGUUGAACACAGGGUGACUGAGGGCCUUCUCCAUCGGGGCCAGCACAUGCAUGGGGCCUUACCCAUCUCCUCUGGUCAGCGCUGGAACCUGAUCAUCUGGAUGAGAGCCUCACAGGAACGUAACAAACUGUGCCCCAUGUGCAACAGGAAGCCCACUCUGGUGGAAGGGGACGGCUUUGCAGACGGGUUCACUGCCAGAACAUGAAGUGCACCAUGCCUGUUUGCUGUCAGGCUUCAAUAACAGCACGGUGCUGGAUACAAGAAAGCACAUUUUUAAUGAUGUAGGUAUGAAUGUACACUGGAGGUCAAAAUUAGAGAACAGUCUACAAUUUCCUAAAUAUCAAGGUCACUGCAUAGUCAUAUUUGAAAUGAUCCAAGCAGGAGUAAAAGAGCAAUAUUUUAAACAUAUUUCAAGAGUUAAAUAUAUUCUGAAGCACAGUAUAAAAACCUUAAGUGAGAUAGUAGAAAAAGAACACUUCAAAAUUAGAGAACACUUUCAGAUACCUCCCAGUUAUUGGUGUUAAUCUGACACUUGGUGCUAAUUUCCUUGAUUAUCUGACAACCCUUAUUUAACUGGCAGCCUAACUUCCAGUUUCACUGACUCUGCAAGAUGGUGAGCCAUUCUAAUGUGACUGAAACCCUCCAGCAGCAGGUUGUCCUGAUGAAGGCCAAAGGGAUGACCCUAUCAGCCAUAGCAAGACAAGUUAUUAAGAAUAUUGCAUCUUUACAACGUCACAAACUCAUUAAAGUCCCUCAAGAAGUCUGGUUGUCCACGAAAGAAAAAUGCAAGAUAAUGCAGAGGAUCUCAUUUCAACACUGCAGCUGGAAUUGCUCACCAGUUCAGCGCUGAACAGGGUAAGGAUCUGUCUCGUCAUACAGUGUCUCAACGUUUAAGAGCAUUUGGACUGAAAGCCCACUCUGCAGUGACCAAACCUCUCAUUAGCAGAACGAAUCAAAAGGCUAGACUAACCUUUGCUGAGGAGCAUGUUGUGUGGACAGAGGAGAACUGGUCCAAAGUUCACUUCAGUGAUGAAAGCAAGUUUAAUUUAUUUGGGUCUGAUGGGAAACAUUAUGUUCUUCGACAAAAUGGGGAAAGACUGAACCCAAAGUGUGUAAAGAAGUCAGUGAAAGGUGGAGGAGGAAUUGCCAUGGUUUGGGGCAUGUUUUCUGCAGCAGGAGUUGGGCCUCUUACACAGCUACAUGGCAGAGUGAAUGCAAAUGUUUACCAGAACCUUCUUCAAUAACAUAUGGUUCCUUCCCUGCGCUCAUCACCCAAUCAGCUGGCGGUGUUCAUGCAGGACAAUGCUCCCUGUCACACAGUAAAACUGGUAAAGCAGUUCCUUGAAACUGAAAACAUUGAAAUAAUGAAAUGGCCCGCCCAGAGUCCUGAUCUAAACCCAAUAGAAAACCUCUGGAAAGUCCUUGGCGACAAAGUUAUGGCCAAGAAACCCACUACAGUCACCAAAUUGUGGAAGAGACUGGAAGAAGAGUGGACCAAAAUCACACCAGGGCAGUGUGAGAGACUAGUGAUGUCCUGUGGCCGCAGAUGUGCUGAAGUCAUUCGAAGCAAAGGCCUGUGCACUUCCUACUAAUUGUUGACUGCUGUAGCCUUCAGAAAAUCUAGUUGUCAUCUUUUUCCAUGCUAUAGUCAUUGUUGUUCUCUAAUUUUGAUCAUUGUGUUUUCUGCAAAAUUAUUAUUAUUUUUUAAAUGCCUUAGUUAUUUUGUAAAAAAAAUGUUCUAGUAGCAUAGUAUAGCCACAACAUAAAAUCCUCCAACUGUUGGGCAGGGAAGAUUACAUUAUUGCAGGAAAAAUCAAUUGUUUAUAAAUCGUUCUCUAAUUUUGAUCUCUAAUUUACAUAUGUAAAAGAUGCAAUUUGAUUUUUGUUAAAUUAUCAUUGCCAUUGAACACUGAUUGUUCGUUGGCAAGGAUGGGAGAAAGCUGUUUAAUACAAGUAAUUAAAAAGACACUUUUCAGCUCAAGAGCACAAUACAACCAUGAAUAUUUAAUAUUUAAUGGUACUUUUUUAUUAGAAAUUGAAAUGAUACUUUAGUUCUGUCUUGUCCAUUAGGGUUAGUGUCUGUACUUAUGAUAAUUUAUAUUUUUUAAAUUAACCCCUAGUACUGAAAUGUUGCCAAAAAAGAACAAAACAAAACACACAAACAAAUAAAAAAAAAAUAGCCAAGCCCCAUCUGUGCAUUGAGUGUGAUUCUACUGUAUUUAUAGGCUACAGUAUGUGUGAUAUCACUCUAUCUUAAUCUUUUUAAAACCCAAUAAAAAAUAGAAAGUCAUGUUA